AUGAAUUCCAUCAAGAAGUUAGUAGCAUCUUUUGAGCCGUUUUACCUGCCUCCGCUAGAGGCUGUUGGCAAGGAUCAGGCUCACAAUGAGAAAAUGUUCAAUGACGAGGCUGAAAUCGAGGUCCCUGCGGAUCCAGAGAUUAACGAAAUGGAAGAGCCAUCGCAUCCAAGUCCCAAGUCGCAGAAGUCUUCGUUUCUUCGACAAUUGUGGCUGGUUUUGGUGUUUAUCCCGCAGAACUUGCUCUGGAGACCCCUCAUGCUCCUUUGGCUACUAAUAACAUUCCCCUUCACAUACUUUUUUGAGGAAGAAUACCCCCGAAUUCUCAGCAGCAGCUCGGCUCCAAAUCCAGAAGAACAGCGUGAGAAGAUAGAGUUGCUCAAGAAAGAGCGCAUCAUUUCAAACCACAUCAAGUCCCCAAACUCCCUGUCGAAGUACCUCAUACCACCACCACCUAGACUUUUUCCCCUCUCUCGAAAUCCCGACAAAAGAAAACGGAAGAAGGUGCUUAUAUUAGAUCUAGACGAAACACUCAUUCAUUCGCUUUCUCGAGGAGCGCCCAGGUCGCUCGGUGGAUCGGGUGGACAGUGUCAUAUGAUAGAGCUCAAAGUGAACAAUGUGUCGACAUUGUACUACGUCUACAAGCGCCCGUACUGUGAUUUUUUUCUCAAGGAGUUGAGCAAGUGGUACGAGCUUCAAAUUUUCACGGCAAGCGUGCAAGAGUACGCUGAUCCAAUCAUUGACUGGUUGGAAAUGGACUUGAUAGAUCACAAGAAAGCGCAGGGUCCUCAGCAUGAGGCUCAGGGCAAAGUGUUCACAAAAAGGUACUACCGUAACGAUUGCACAUACAGGCUGGGAGUCGGGUACAUCAAGGACUUGUCGAAGUUUUUUCCUCACGACGACCUCAAGAACGUGAUAAUAUUGGACAACUCGCCCAUCAGCUAUGCUUUGCACGAGCACAACGCUGUGAUGAUCGAGGGCUGGAUCAACGACCAGAGCGACCGGGACUUGAUUAACCUCUUGCCGAUGCUCUACAGCUUGAGCAUGUGUAUAGACGUGAGGUUAAUCCUAGGCAUGAGAAGUGGAGAAAAACUCUUUGAAAAUUUAUGA